GAGCAGACGAGGAUGGCCACAACCACACUGCAGACUGAAAUAUGAUUUUAGCCAGAAGAUAGUCUUAAGUCAACGAAUGAUAUCAGAUAAUGUACUUCGAGUAGACGGAUACAUUGAAUUAUUAUGUUCUCAUGUGACCAAAGUGGAUUCAGUUUGAAAUUGUGGUCUGACUUAAUGAGCGUGUGAAGACGGAGGAGGGUGGGAGGCAGAUAACGGUGCAGUUGUUGAAACCAUUUUUGUCCUGGCGGAUAUUUCGGAUCAAACGUCGUGUCCUACACUCUGGGAGGGUGUUUGCGUUUUUCUUCAUUCACGUGCGAGGAAAGCAUAUGGUCCUCAUAUCUGAAUCUGAUCGCUUUUUGACCAUCAAGGACUGUUAGAAUUUCAUUUUAGCUUGUGAGGAGCCUUAACGAGCAAAUUGCCAUUUGUUUUUAAGAAAUGGAGUCUGAAGAUGCGGAAUACCAAGGGGUAGACAUUUCUACCGCAUGUUUUUCUAAAACAUCUCUUACAUCAAUUGGUAGUUCUCAAGAAUGAUCAAAUACUGAUGUAUUAUUAUGAUCAUCAUAUACUAUCUGCCGAAGAAGCCAAAUCUCAAAUUGUCUGCUGGAUUGAGUUCACCCUGCAGCGGACUCAAAGAAAUUCCGUAGCACAUGAGAAACAUUCGUCUUCUAGGUUGCCUGCGUGUUGCCAGUCACUUUCUGGGAUUUUCAUCUUCCUAUUGCUACUAGCCAGCUACAAGUUAAUUUGUGGCACCGACAGGACAUUGGGCAAGGUCCCCCCCCCUCCAAGAAAUUGACUUUAAAACAGUGAACAUACGUUCGUGGACCUUUGCGAAUGUCCAGAAGUGUCUGUCUUUGGCACUGUUAAUUAAUCGGGUUAUAAAUUAACCUUUUAAUUUAUCAGGCCGGGAAGGAUUUAUUUUACAGGAAUGAGGUCUUGUACAGAAAAGGAUCAUUUGACCUUGUUUUGUGGUCUGUUGUUGUGCGUCUCCACGAUCUGCCUUUGGCCCGCGAAUGGAGAAAUCUGUGGUCCCGGCAUCGACAUUGGCAAUGACAUCAGAGAAUUUAGUCGGUUGGAGAACUGCACGGUGGUUGAGGGCUACCUGCAGAUCCUCCUCAUUGGCGACAAGAAUAAUAAUGCCAACCAGGAUGUCUUCCGAACCCUCAGCUUUCCCAAGCUCACAAUGAUCACCGACUACCUGCUCCUGUUCAGGGUGUCCGGCCUGGACAGCCUCAGCACGCUCUUCCCCAACCUCACCGUCAUCCGAGGACGCAACCUUUUCUACAACUACGCCCUGGUGAUCUUCGAGAUGACCAGCCUGAAGGACAUAGGCUUGUACAACCUGAGGAACAUCACCAGAGGUUCCAUCCGGAUCGAGAAGAACCCAGAGCUCUGCUAUCUGGACUCGGUGGACUGGUCGCUUAUCAUGGACGCUGAAUUUAACAACUACAUUGAUGGGAAUAAGCAGUCCAAAGAAUGCGGGGAUGUGUGUCCUGGAAUCAAUGAGGACAAGCCCCUUUGCAAGCAGACCAACUUCCAUAACUACAGCUACCGUUGCUGGACGUCCAACCACUGCCAGAAAGUUUGCCCGGACAGCUGUGAGCGGCGGGCGUGCACGGCAGAGGGCGAGUGCUGCCAUGCUCAGUGCCUGGGCAGCUGCACGGCGCCCAACAGUGACACUUCCUGCGCCGCCUGCCUCCACUACUUCCACGAGGAGCGCUGCGUGCCCGACUGCCCCGCCGGCACCUACAAGUUCGAAGGCUGGCGCUGCAUCACCAUGGACCUGUGCUCCCGCGUGCACGUGCCCGACUUUGACCGCUUCGUCAUCCACGAGGGAGAGUGCAUGCCCGACUGCCCCUCCGGCUACACCCGCAACGAGGACUCCCCCGACAGUAUGUUCUGUUCAGCCUGCAACGGCCUGUGUGACAAGAUCUGCGACGAGAAGGUCAUCGACUCCGUGGAUGCCGCCCAGUCGCUCAAGGGCUGCACGGUCAUCAAGGGCAACCUGCACAUCAACAUCCGCCGAGGACAGAACCUGGCCACGGAGCUGGAGAGCUUCAUGGGCCUGAUCCAGACUGUGACGGGCUUCGUGAGGAUCAGACACUCUCACACCCUGGUGUCCCUCUCAUUCCUCAAGAGCCUGCAGCACAUCCGAGGGGAGGAGCUGUCAGAGGGGUAUGCCUUCACUGCGCUGGACAACCAGAACCUGCAGUACACGUGGGACUGGGGGCAGCACAACUUGACCAUCCACAGAGGCAAACUCUUCUUCCGCUUCAACCCCAAACUUUGCCUUUCCGAGAUCCGCAAGAUGUGGCAGAAGACGGGCGUCACUGAGAAAUACGUCGAGUCGGAUAUCCGCAACAACGGAGACCGAGCCAGCUGUGAAAGUCAAAUCCUGAGGUUCAAGUCCAACAGCACCAUGAGUAACAGAAUCAAACUGACAUGGGUUCGCUACAGGCCUCCGGACUACAGAGAUCUCAUCAGCUUCAUAGUCUACUACAAGGAGGCUCCGUUCCAGAACAUCACCGAGUUUGACGGCCAGGACGGCUGUGGCUCCAACAGCUGGAACAUGGUGGACGUGGACCUGCCCCCGGAUAAGGAUUCUGACCCAGGGGUCCUCCUGUCACCCCUCAAGCCGUGGACCCAGUACGCCAUCUUUGUCAAGGCCAUCACGCUGGUGGUGGAGGACAAGCACAUCCUGGGGGCCAAGAGCGAGGUGGUCUACAUCCGCACCAACCCCUCAGCCCCCUCCCUGCCCCUGGACGUACGGGCGUACUCCAACUCCUCCACCCACCUGGUGGUGCGCUGGUCUCCCCCCAUCUCCCCUAACGGCAACCACACCUACUACCUGGUACGCUGGCAGCAGCAGGCGGAGGAUAGGGAGCUCUACCAGCACAACUACUGCUCCAAAGAGCUGAAGAUCCCUAUCAGGAUAGCAGCCACUGGAGUGACUGAGGUAGAGGAGGACAUCAAGUCUACAAAUCCAGAUAUGGCCGGGGGGGAGAAGGGCCCAUGCUGCCCCUGUCCCAAGUCUGUCGGAGACCUGGAGGCUGAGGCCGCAGAUGCCUCCUACCGCAAAGUCUUCGAGAACUUCCUACACAACUCCAUCUUCACACCAAGACCCCCGGACCGGCGCCGGCGAGAUCUGUUUGGCAUUGCCAAUGCCACCUUCUCCCGGGUCGCGACGAGCCCCAGGUUCAACGUCACGGCCCUGGAUGCCAACGCCACGGACGCAGAGCUGGCGGAGCGCGAGUACGACUUCCAGGAGCGCGCGGUGAAGGAGCGCGAGCUGCAGAUCCCGGGGCUGCAGCCGUUCACCGUGUACCGCAUCGACAUCCACGCCUGCAACAAGCAGGUCAAAGGCUGCAGCGCUGCAGAGUUUGUCUUCUCCAGGACCAAGCCUGCAGAGAGGGCCGAUGACAUCCCGGGGCCGGUGAGCUGGGAAGGCCAGGAGGAUUCUGUGUUCCUGCGCUGGCCUGAACCGCUCCGACCCAAUGGCCUCAUCCUCAUGUACGAGAUCAAGUACAAACUCUCCACUGAUCUGGAGAAGCAUGACUGUGUGUCGCGCCAGCUGUACCGGGAGCAGAAAGGGGCACGACUCAGUAACCUGGGCCCAGGGAACUACUCUGCCCGCGUGCGUGCCACCUCCCUGUCGGGCAACGGCUCCUGGACAGAACCAGUGGCCUUCUACGUGACCCAACAUGAACGGUACGAGUCUUACCUCUACAUUGUGAUCUUCGUGCCCCUGGCGGUGGUCCUGGCUAUAUGCUUGCUCAUCACCACCUACUUUGUUGUGAGCAAGAAAAGGAACAGUGACAGGCUUGGGAACGGAGUGCUCUACGCCUCGGUCAACCCAGAGUAUUUCAGCGCUGCAGAGAUGUACGUCCCAGACGAGUGGGAGGUGGCCAGGGAGAAGAUCACUAUGAACAAGGAGCUGGGCCAGGGCUCCUUUGGCAUGGUGUACGAGGGCAUGGCCAAGGGUGUGGUCAAGGACGAGCCGGAGACUCGUGUAGCCAUUAAGACGGUCAACGAGACCGCCAGCAUGAGGGAGCGCAUCGAGUUCCUCAACGAGGCGUCCGUCAUGAAGGAGUUCAACUGCCACCACGUGGUGCGCUUGUUGGGCGUGGUGUCGCAAGGCCAGCCCACUCUGGUGAUCAUGGAGCUGAUGACCCGGGGAGAUCUGAAGAGCCACCUGCGCUCCCUCAGAUCCAAAGAGCCAACCUCGUCCGCCCUGUGCCUGCCCCCCCUGAAGAAGAUGAUUCAGAUGGCGGGUGAGAUAGCGGACGGCAUGUCCUACCUCAACGCCAACAAGUUCGUCCACAGAGACCUGGCGGCCAGGAACUGCAUGGUGGCUGAGGACUUUACCGUCAAAAUAGGAGACUUCGGCAUGACGAGGGACAUCUACGAGACAGACUACUACCGUAAAGGAGGCAAGGGCCUGCUGCCAGUACGCUGGAUGUCCCCAGAGUCCCUUAAAGAUGGCGUCUUCACCACCAACUCAGACGUCUGGUCGUUUGGAGUAGUGCUGUGGGAGAUCGGCACCCUGGCCGAGCAGCCCUACCAGGGCAUGUCCAACGAGCAGGUGCUACGCUUCGUAAUGGAGGGAGGACUCCUGGACAAGCCGGACAACUGCCCCGACAUGCUAUUUGAGCUGAUGCGGAUGUGCUGGCAGUACAACCCCAAGAUGCGUCCUUCCUUCCUGGAGAUCAUCAACAGCAUCAAGGAGGACCUGGAUCCUCCGUUCAGAGAGAUGAGCUUCUUCUACAGCGAUGAGAACAAGCCCCCGGACACAGAGGAGCUGGACAUGGAGGUGGAGAACAUGGAGAACGUUCCCCUGGACCCUGCCGCGUCCAGCCGACCGCCCAUCUGCGCCCCAACAUCCAGCCAGGCCUCCGCCCCAGCCCAGCAGACACCACCCUCCCAACAGACGCCCCCUUCCAACCAGGCCGGUGCCUCCACGAACCUGGUGGCGCCCUCGCUGGGGCCCGGCGCCCCCUCUGCCCAGGCCCAGUGCUCGGCCCCCUCGUCGCCCUGCCCACCAGGCUUGCCUCUGGACAAGCACCCAGCAGCGGGAGCGGCGGGAGCAGCGGGAGCAGCAGGGACCAACGGCCCCGCGGCGACGGUCGCGCUGCGGCCUGCCUUCGACGACUCGCAGCCAUACGCACACAUGAAUGGGGGUCGCAAGAACGAGCGUGCCAUGCCGCUGCCCCAGUCCUCGGCCUGCUGAUCCAGGGCCCACAGCCCCCAACCUCUCCCCCCCAACCUCUCCCCCCCCCCCUCCCCCCCAAAAAAACUUGUGACCCCUCCUUCGUUUUUUCCCUAUGGAGCCUGUUUUCUCUAAGGAGAAUUCCUCCUCAACACACCUUUUACAUGUCUGCCUAGUCGUCUGUGCUUCCCUGGGCAACCAGGAAACAUUUGACUCAGCGGGAGAGAACCGGAAUUGGAAAACACACGAGGGCAAUGGUCUCUGUUCUACUGUCCGUCAGUGGACUGUCUCUCCAAUAUCUUAGUAUUGUGUUUUUGAUCUCUCAUCGAUUGCCCUGACGUGACAAACGACCUGCUGUGGCGUCUGACGUGGAGAAAGAGGAUGAGGAGACGGGAUGAGGACCGUUCUGGAGUUGGUUCUCUACUGAUGGCUGAACUUGUUUAUAUAUAUAGUUUUUUGUUACUUUUUUAUAGAUUUCCGAAUAGGGAAAAAAAAUGUGCAGGCCUUUAAGAAUAACUGUCAGUUUGGUGGGAUGCGGGCGGGCAUUAUUAUGAAAUCGAUUAGCAUAUCUGGAAGCAAAUCCAAUGGAAAAAGCACUUCGAGGUUGGUCUCUCCAUAUACGUUUGUAUCUCUGUAGGUUUAACAGACACGCAUGUGCACCUGUCCAUGGAGUGGAGAGCUUGUGCUCCUCACCCUCUCAAAGAUGGUGGUUGCCAUCCAUCCACUGGGAGCACUGGGUCAAAAUGGCUGCCACUAAGGGGCAGUGGUUUCACUGAAAAGGGAGGGGCAAAAGUAAUUCUGCCAAAUUUGUUGCCAAAUUAGAUAUUUGUUUUCUUCUCUACUCCUUCCCUUGUUUGCUCUUGAUAGAGCAUGGAAGCAACAAAAUCGCGCAUUCUUACACUCCACAUUUUUACACUGGCAUAUUUAUGGGUUUUUUUUUCCUUCUUUUUUGUAUAACAGUAUCUUAUUGAAUUAUCAAUGGAAAUCAUAUUUUUUUCCCCCAACACAUCUCUUCUCAUUCAUAGUUUGACCAGGGGUUUGUAUCCUACAGUACCACAAGUCACCUAGAAGGUUAAACCACAACUUUAGACACACCAAGUGCUGUUACAAGAAGCAUAAAGUACGUAGCGCCAAAAAAAGCAAAUGUAAUGCAACAAAAAAAAGAGAAAGAGAGAUUGGUUUAAGAACACAGUUACGAACACUAAUAUUCUAUAGACUAGACCUUGUAUAGGCAAAAGUGUUCACUCAAGGCAACAUUGUAUACAGCAGGUAUUUUUUUUAGACUAGUCAUUAGUCUCUCUAAGAUCCAGACAUUCUAUAUUGGUCUUACAGUUGUAUGUUAGACCACAGAGCAUUUACAUACACAUCAUUUUUUUGUGUCACUUUUAUAACUUUUUUACUGUUUAAGAUGUUCAUCUAAUUGUCUGUACAGAAAGAAGCUGCUAUUUUAUUCUUUAUUUCUCUUGUGGUUGUAAUAUAUAUCUAUAUAUAAAGAAAAAUCCUUCAGGUUUAAUCUUUGACCGUUUUCAACUACAGUCCAUUUUCUUAUUCUUGUAUUUCUGCAAAUAUUCAUAUGAAACAAACAUUGUUUCCCCUUUGUUCCUAAAGGUAUGAUGUUUUGCCACAUAUUGUCCAAUGCCUUUUCAUUUGGUUCCUUUUUUUUAACCAUACAUUUUCUUUUGCUAGACUGAAAUCUUUGUCUUUUGUAGAGCGGUAUAGUGAUUGUAUUGAUUACUGUUGGUAAUAGUGUCGGGCUUCUCAAUUUGACACUUUCUGCUCCUUGUCAGUGCUGUUGUCCUCUAGCGCUGUGUAAGGUGUUGCCACCGAGUCACCGCUGAAUCUCAGGUCAAAGUUUAAGCGUGACUUUUCUCCACACAUUCUCAUUGAUGUUUGUACGCUGUCCAUCAGUUUUAUCUUCAGUGAGCUGUCUAGCAUUAACCCCUCUGUAGCAGAGCUAACACUGCAGUGCGUUGAGGUUUAGUGUCGUAUUUACUGUAGAGUCAUCUUUGCUUCCUCUGUCAGGGUCUGUGUACUGCACAGUAUAUUUCACUCCCUGGUCUAGAAUUAGAGCUUUCACUAACCUGAGACUCCACCCCUAUUCAACAUAAUACAGUCACAGAGGAGUACACCCCCCUUCUUCGUAACAGCAUGUUUGCCAUUAACUGUCGAUGAAAAGGAUCCCCCCCCCCCCUAAAGUAAUUAUCUUGUUGUUUUUUUUAAAUUAAGAUUAAUGUUAAUAUUAUAGACACAAGCUCAGUAAGACCAAACCAAUACUAAACGUAUGUAUGAAUACUAUAAUAAGACAUUUCAAACACAAUGAAUACUGUAACUGAGCAAUGCAUACAUUUAUGUCAGUGAGAAGUUGUGAUAUGGAGAGGACCACCUGGUAAUUUAUAUUGAAGGAUUGUUCACCUCAAAUUUAAGAUGCAUAUUAUUUAGUUGUCCCUGCCCAUGUUGCUUUCCCAGUAUGAUUAUUUAUUUUUGUGAUAUGUGUUCAUCACUGUACAAAUGCCCUGCGAGUAAGUAUUACAUGGAGAAUAUUUUUCUAUUUUUUUUCCCUUUGCUUUCAUGAUUGGAGGAUAGGAUGUAGUUUUUCCUUCAAGCAUUUAUCUACCUCACUCUUUUUUAGAUCUAUGUAUGUGUAUAAAAAGACAAUACAUCUCACUUUUUUCCUCACGACAGUACUGUUCUCUCUUAUCUGAUAGACCUCAUUAGCUCUAGAAUAUAAAGAAAACGACACAAGUCUGGAGUGGGGAGGUGGACCCCUGGGACACGAUUGGGCUUUAAAAGCUAUGCAGUUUCAUUGAUACUGAAGUUGUAUGCGUCCUAUCUUUGCCAUUUAAGUGGAAAGACAGUCAAUGCAGGAGUUAAGAAACACUUGUUCAUUAUGUCUGCCUCAGUCCUAUCCUCCUCACUCCUGCACAUAUUGAUCAUUCCCACAACCUCAGUUCCUCGGAUUAUACAGCUGGCUAAGAGAGGGGUUUUGUAAACUUUAUUUUUGAAAAUUGUUUUGGUAUAUAAAUGGAUUUAGAAAGAUGUUCAUUGAAAGAAGAAAAGAAACGGCGAUGAAAUGUCUGUGACCAUGUUGGCUCUGUAUGUUCCAGUGCUGUUAUGAAGUGUAUUGAGUUUAAAGUGAACGUUGUUUGUGCAGACACAGCUUUGGAGAACCAAACCACCAUUAAUGUCAAUUAUUUAUUAAACACUGCAAGGCGCAUUUGUGGCUAGCUCCAUUUCUAGCAAAUGGCCCCCAAACUAAGGAAGAUACCCUCAUGAUGUAUUCUCCUCAAGUUUGACUUGGUCAAUUCUAAGGUAAAAACUUAACAUGGCAUCGUGCAGUCUGCAUCCAACAGUCACUGUGUCUUGUACUGGCCCAGUAGAGGGUUGCCUUGAAGAUGAUUAUUAUUGACAAUUAGCCAUCCUCACCUUUUUAACUAAGCUUGUGACACAACAAUUAUAGACACAACAUUACAGACACAAAGAUAGCAUGUGUGAGCUUGACAUGCAUUUACUGUAACAUCCCAAGUGGUAUGUUCUCAAAGCUAGAGCUACACCUUUUAAUCUUACACCACAUGCUGAGAUGUCUCGAUACUCUAGGAAUGUACUAGUGUCUCACAGUCAAGGAUGGGAAUUUAGUGUCUAUGAGUCAGAGUGUUAGUUUCAACAUCCCCUGCUCUGGAAGGUUAUAUCUGUUUACCCGACAUUAAUAGCAGCAACAAACGGAAUAUAUUGAGGUCAAAACACCAUAUUUUACCAAGUAGUCUAUGGUGGGUAAAUAGAUUGGCAUGGAAGGUUGUGGACAGAAAGGUCUUUCUCAGAGUCCGGGUUUCCUUUCUUGGCAGUUGCCUCUGUCUCACCAGUAAGAAAACACUGUUUCCCCUCACUGUCUUUUACUCACCCCACCUUCAUCUUCUUUCAAAGUACCCUCCUCAAAGAUGGUCUCUGCACACAGCCACCCAGAUCCCAGAACAAAACACCCUCAUUCUCCUCUACCACAGACAUCUACCACAGACAUCUUGUUGGUACCAUAACAGUGGGUUUUAGGCCGUUUUCCCUACUAGAUCCAUUGAUCAUGGGUCUUGGUAUUCUCAGGGCCAAAGUGUUUGGAGUGGAAUAGGGGGAGACUCCUCGGCUGCCCCCAUAAUCUCUACUCUACUACUGCUGCUGCUGAUGUUGCUGCUUCAAACCUAUUGAAUCAAGCAAAGGCCUUUACAUGUAGAAAAGUAGAGCAAUAUGAGAUGAUACUGGAAAGCGAUAACGAGGCAAUUCUGGGUUCAUAUCUAUCCAUGUACAGUAUAUUAUAACAACCAGACACAGACUUUCAGAAUAUUCAGAUUGAUAAACUAAAAAUGGGUGAGGAAACUUUGAGAGCACCCGAGUCGUUUUGUCCAAAGUUUAGAUGGUUCAAACCAGAGAUUUGAGCUCUAGAGAAUUGAGAGUCAAAGACUUGGAAGAAAUGUUGAGAAAAAGGUUUGCGGUCCAUGUCUAUUGAAGCCUGGCCGUUCUGAACACAAGGCACUUAACUCUUUCUUGUUUUCUUUUAAUACGAAAAGAUUAGGCUCCAGGAAAUAAUAAAUGGAGGGUAGCAAUGAAACUUGGGGUUGGUAGAGUGGCACAUUGCUGGAUGGAAAAUGUUUUUGUGUGUUAUUUUGUUAAAGAAAAAAUAAAUCCAGAUCACCAGCUUUGUGCUCGUUUUUUGCGUUAUGUAUAUGGGUGCAAGUGCAUCACAUUUAGGUGUACAGUAUUCUUUAAUUUUUCUUUAAGUAUAGGCAUCCGUGCUAUUUAUUGUUUUUUUCCAUAUUCUAUUGUAUGAUUAGUAAGUUGGCCUGUUGCUUAGUGAAUGUCCGUUUACAACAACAACAAAAAAGACCUUUUCUUUCUUUCUUACUACUAUACAAACACAUCUACAGUAGAUUACGGGUAGUCCUUUGACAAAGAAAAAGUGAAGUUUACAUAACUUUAUUGAGCAAUUUUUGAAUUGCAAUCAAUGCUAGCUUGCCGGUUUUAUUGGAAACUUGUGCAGAAAUAGAUACGCUCCAUAUAAUAGUUAAAAUAAGAUGGAGACCCCUGGGUCUGCCUGGGGUUUUGAAUAUGUACUAUCUCUAGAGUUUGUACUGAAAGUCUUUUAUAAUUAAUUGACCCAACAGUGCUUAUCUGUUGGGCAUUCCUGCAUUUUGUCACAAAGGGGCCUUCAUUUUCUUCAAAUAAGAUUUAAAAAAUAACAUGAAUCAUAUGACCCAAAUGGAAUUCAUUUUUGGGUAAAACUUCACCAUAGAUAGUGCCAUUGAUGUAUCUGUUUGGAUUGGUUUAACCAUAAUGUAUCUCUUAGCAAUCUCCAGCAACUACACUCCAUGUAUGUAAUACACCAUUGCAACAGUACAUCUUGGAAAGGUUAAGAUGAGUAUACCAGAUACAUGUGAAAUUCAUGAAUGCAUUCAUAAUUUCAUCAAUUCAUAACUGACUUAUUUGUUGUGAUAUAGACACUGCAUCAGUGGGGAAUGGCAAGUUGGUUAAUGUAGUAGCCAUAACUUCCACUGAAGGACCUACAAAAAAUGUGCUAUUGCAGACAAUAGAUCUAAGGGAGAAAUGGCUGCCCCCCCCCCCCCCCCCCCCCAUUAAUUUUGGCUACUCAUUCUUAUGUCAUCAUCUCACUCCUCUCUAUCUCUCGUCACUUAGAAUGACUAUCUGUGACUUACAGAGACUGUCACAUGGCAUUUUUGCAUCAGAACUUUUCCACUGGAGUCUAUUCCAUUUAAUAGAAAAGGAUAAAAGAUGAAUGAAAGGCUUUUGUCUUGUUCUCCUACUGUUUCCUGUUAUGAUUUAAACUCAACUGUAGUGCUGUAAGGGUGGUCUAUUUUUCAGUGGACUGAACUAAUGUUAUAAUUCUCAUUCUAAUGAAUCAAACGUGAGAGUGAAUUCGUUGGGAUCACGGUUGUCUUGGUGUUCUUAUUCCCUCACUGUUAUCUGCACGGCUCCACGCAAUCUUGCCGUGUUGGUGAUGUGGAUUUCUAUGGUCUUUAAAAUGCCAGUUGUCACUGGCGUGAAGUUAUGAUAAUGGUUAUUUCAAUGUUUAGUGGUCUGACUUUUAUUUGCCUCAAUUCUACCACUGGAGAGCAUCAUAUAGAACUGACAUUGAAAACAGGACUCUUGUCUAUAUAUAUACAGUAUAUAUUUUAUUUUUUGUUACGAACGAUGGCCAAUUUGUUACCAAGAAUUUGAUGUGUGUAAAUUAUUCAUACAAAACUCCUGUGUUUAUAUUGAAAUGAUUCUUUAGAGAUUUCAAUUAUUUUUUUCUUUUGUAUAUUCUGUUGUAAGAAUUUAUUCCUGGUAUCAAUAUAUUCUGAAUACUUUACAUUCUGGGAGAAAUAAACUGUUUAUUUUAAAUGGCAGAAGGAGAGGAGAAUGUUUAGUUUCUCUUAUUCAUUCUUUUUCUAGUCAUUUAAAUUACCACAAGAUUUAAGUUGAAUAAAAAUGUAUGCAACAA